AUGGCCACCAAACCCUUCAAGCUUCUCUGUCUGGAGAAUCCUCUCCUCGACAUCCAGGGCCAAGGCGACCCAGCCAUGCUCGAGCAAUACGGCCUGAAGCUCGAUGACACUCUCCUGGCGGAACCCCACCAGAUGGGGCUGUACGACGACCUGAUCAAGAACCGCGGCGCGAAGUUGAUCCCCGGCGGCGCGGCCCAGAACACUGCCCGAGGCGCCCAGUACAUGCUGUCGCCAGACUCGGUCUGGUACAUCGGCUGUGUGGGUGACGACGAGUAUGCAAGAAUCUUGAGAGAGAAGUGCGCUGAGCAAGGUCUCCACGUCGAGUACCGUGUCGACCCCGACACGCCCACCGGGAAAUGCGGUGUCAUCAUCACCGACCACCAUCGAACUAUGUGCACUCAUCUUGCCGCCGCCAAUGAAUACAAGAUCGAGCAUCUACAACAACCGAAAAUAUGGUCCAUGAUCGAAUCCACUGAGGUCUUCUACGUUGGUGGUUACCACCUGACCGUGUGCGUCCCGGCCGCGCUUGCGCUCGGCGAACAUGCCGCGAAGACCAACAAGGUCUACAUGCUCUCCCUAUCUGCCGGCUUCAUCCCGCAGUUCUUCAAAGAUCAGCUCGCUGAAGUCCUCCCGUACACUGAUUACGUCUUCGGCAACGAGAACGAGGCCAAGACUUGGGCCGAGUCGCAGGGACACAAAGACAUUUCCAUCCCUGAAGCUGCGAAGCUCCUGGCACUGACCCCUAAAGCGAAUUCCAAGAGACCCAGAGUCGUCAUCAUAACUCAAGGCACUGAUCCCACCAUCGUCGCAGUGGCAGAGCAAGGCAAAGACGUCCAAGUCCAAGAAUACCCUGUAGCUGCUAUUGAGAACAGUGCAAUCAAUGACACAAACGGUGCUGGCGAUGCCUUCGCUGGCGGCUUUUGUGCAGGUGUCGUUGAAGGGGAUUCGCUUGCGUCCUGCAUCAAGAAGGGCCAUUGGUUGGCAAGACUCGGGUUGCAAGAACUUGGUCCUUCAUACCCAUGGCCUAAGCAGAUAUACAAGGCAUAA